AUGCCAGUUUCAUCGACCGACACCAAGCGUCUACCACUGGUAGUACUUGCCUCCGCCCCUAUAACGGGACAUUGUGCCCCUGUGAUGCAAAUCGCCCAAGCCAUGGUAGAGCGCGGCUUCGAGGUGAUCUUUAUGUCCUCCCAGGAAUACAAAGAACAGAUCGAGAAGAUAGGGGCAGAAUGGUGGGAGUGUUUGUCCUUCCCGGGCAGCCUGGAAGAACUCCAGAGAUUACCCCCGGGGUUGGAGAAGACGAUAUUGGAACUGGAGAAGUUCUUCCUGGAUGCUACCCCUUCGCGGUCGGACGGCAUGAGAGCACUUUUGGAGAAGGUGCGCGACAGGGAUGCGGACCGGGACGUGGUUAUUGUGAACGAGACUUGCUCGAUGGCCAUUUUGCCAUUUAAGUACGGUGCGCCGUUGCCAAAGGGGUACAGCGAGUUCCCGAAAGUGAUAAACGUCAACCUCGUCCCCCUAACAGUAACCAGCAUCGAUACCGCACCCUUCGGCCCGGCCCUUCCUCCGGACUCCACCUCGUCCGGCCGCGCAAGGAACAAGCUCCUCAACGAAAUGAUGUUCGCCGGGCCCAUGAGGCACCUUAACGACCACCUAGCCAAAGUGCUCUCCGAAUGCGGGUGUAGUUCGUCCCCGAUAGGCUACUUUAUGGACACGUGGAUGUCCUCGUAUGACUGUACCCUGCAGCUCUGCAGUCCGAGCAUGGAGUACCCGCGCUCCGACCUGCACCCAUCUAUCCGUUACGCCGGAGCGUUACCUCUCCGGGGCCUUAACCCAGAUUUCCCUUUACCGUCUUGGUGGUCUGAGAUCACGGCCAACGCUGCUCUCCAAGGGAAGGACAGGAAAAAAGUCAUUGUCGUCUCGCAGGGCACGGUGUCUAUUGACCUCAGCGAGCUCGUCGUUCCGACCAUCCGCGCCUUUGCGAACCGGGAGGACGUAAUCGUGGUCUCCAUCCUCGGCACAAAGGGCGCCACUCUUCCGAAAGACGUAGAAACGCCAGCCAACGCCCACGUGAUCGACUACCUGCCCUACGACGCCAUCCUGCCGUACGCGGACCUCUUCAUCAACAACGGCGGCUAUGGCGGUGUGAUUCAUUCCGUGAACAACGGCGUGCCCAUGAUCGUAGCUGGGGUGUCCCAGGACAAGGCCGAGAUGUCGGCUCGAUGCGAGUACGCUGGCUUUGCUGUCAACUUGUGUUCACAGACUCCUGGCAGCGAGGCCAUCUACAAAGGCGCGGAGAAAAUCUUCAAGAACAAGGCAUAUAAACUCAAGGCGGUGCGGCUGCAGCAGGAGAAUAAGGAUCUGGACAGCCUGGGGAUCAUCGAGAAGCAGAUCUUGGCUUACGCCAAGAAAUGA